AUGGGUGGUGAUUUAUCUUCAAACAAAACUGACUAUUCUCAUGGAGUUUAUGCUCAAACAGCUCGUGAUAUUUUUCAACGUUUAUCUCUACCUCAAUAUCGUUCAUCGAUUGAAAUAUUCGUUACUUUUUAUGAAAUCUACUGUGGCAAAGUCUUUGAUUUACUCAACAACAAGAAACGCCUCCGUGUCUUGGAAGAUCAGAAAGGUCUUGUACAAGUAUGUGAUCGUAAAGAACAACAAGUCAAAUCUGUUCAAGAUGUUUUGAAUAUUAUUCAAAAUGGAAUGAGUAUUCGAACAUCAGGCACAACAGCUGCAAAUUCCAAUUCAUCUCGAUCGCAUGCUGUUCUUCAAAUUAUUCUUAAAACAUCAUCGCCUAUCACUGCACAAUCGAAUAUAUCAUCAUCGUCGCGUAAUAAUAAUCAUAAUAAUCCAGCUGUACCUCGUCGUUUGAUGAAAGAAGUUGGUAAAAUGUCAUUAAUUGAUCUGGCUGGUUCAGAACGUGGUAAAGACACUGCAAGUGGUGAUCGGUUACAACGUAUGGAAGGCUCCGAAAUCAAUAAAUCAUUAUUGGCGUUAAAAGAAUGUAUUCGCGCGUUGGGCCGUGGUGAUGGCUGUCAUGUUCCAUUUCGUGGUUCAACAUUGACGAAAGUUUUACGUGAUUCAUUUAUUGGUGAUAAAUCUAAGGUUUGUAUGAUUGCCAUGGUUUCGCCAACGCAUUCAGAUGUCGAAAAUACCAUGAAUACGUUACGUUACGCUGAUCGAGUUAAAGAAUUAAGAAGUGGAGAUGGUGAUGUAAUGAAUACAAAUGAAGAUGAUGAAAUGAAAAUCAACGGAUUAGCUACGAAAAUUUUACCUCAACAUAAUCACAAACAUCGACAUUAUCAUCCCGAUGGCUCGGCUUCGUCCAAUGAAAGCACAAGUUCAUCAUCGAAUGAUGACGAAUAUAUCGAGGAUAACGAGGAUGAACAGAAUGAAGCACUAGCUUCAUAUGCAGCACAAGUUGAACAUUUGCAAGAAUAUGAAGAAGCUUUGUUUGAUACAUGUCAAGAUGUUCUCACAAAUAAGGAACCGAUUUUAACACGCCAGUUACGAGGAAUUGUAAAACGUGCACAGGACACAGUCGAUUAUGAUCAAGAGAAAUUUGUCAAUGAAUUACGUGCAAAUUUACUGGAACGCCAACAAGUCCUGGACGAACUUCAAGCACGUUUACAAGCAUUUUCGGAUUGUCUUCAACAAGAAGAACAAGUUGCUGCACAACAACGGACCAAACAACAUCAGUCAAAUAACAAUAGAUUUUAA